CUCGAUAUCCGCCCGCUUCCACGGUAUCGGAUCUACACCCUCCUCCUCCUCCUUUUUAAUCUUACUAGCACCAUGUUCACUGGCCUCGUUGAGAAAAUCGGGACGGUCUCGUCCCUCGAGCCCCUCGAUACCUCGUCAAGCGGGGGCGGGGGCACAUCCUUGACCAUCACCGAUUGUGAGGAGAUCCUUACGGAUAUUCACCUCGGGGAUAGUAUUGCUGUGAAUGGAACCUGCCUCACCGUGACGGCCUUCACGCCCACAUCCUUCAAAGUCGGCGUCGCGCCCGAAACCCUCCGCCGAACGAAUCUCGGCUCCCUAACCACCAACUCCCCCGUGAAUCUUGAGCGCGCUGUGCUAGGCGAAACGCGCAUGGGCGGCCACUUUGUGCAAGGACAUGUUGACACCAUCGCGCAGAUCCUCUCCGUGACGCCGGAUAGUAAUGCGCUGGUGUUCCGGAUGCAGCCGCGCGAUUUGGGCGUGAUGCGGUAUAUUGUUGAGAAGGGAUAUGUGACACUGGAUGGGGCCAGUUUGACAGUGACGAAGGUGGUGGAUGGUGCGGAGGGGUUCUUUGAGGUGAUGCUUAUUGCGUAUACGCAGGAGAAGAUUGUUACAGCGAAGAAGAAGGUCGGGGAGUGGGUGAAUGUUGAGAUUGAUAUUGUGGGUAAGUAUGUGGAGAAGAGUGUGCAGGGGUAUUUUGCUGGGACGGGGGCUGGGGGCGAUAUGAAGAUGUUGGAGAAAAUGGUGGAGAGGAUUGUUGAGGAGAAGUUGAGGAAGUAAUUUGUUAUUUUAUUUUAUUUUAUCUUUAUUUUUUUUACCUCUUACGAUUCAUGUUGUUGUGUGGAUGAAUAAGGUUCUAUGGUUCUGUGUAGGCAGGAUUUGGGUAUAUUUUGGUACUCCUAACGGUCAUGACUGGUCUGGUGAACGCCUCGAGUGACUUCCGGUCAUGACUCGCGACGUUCUCAUCCAGUCUGCGGAAUAACUCAGUCCUCGUUGUCCAUGGCCGUCCGGCCUCCAAUGCUAAUGU